UGAUGACACUGUGUGAAUGUAAAUUUCUGAACUCAGCUGGUGAAACUAGACAUGGCCUCUCCCUCUGUCAUCAUUGUACAGCCCCAACUUACUGUGGCUAAUGCACCAAGUAAUGCCUGGCAGACCGGGUUGAUGGACUGCUGCAGUGACUGUGGAGUCUGCCUGUGUGGAACAUUCUGUUUCUGUUGUCUUGGAUGUCAAGUAGCAAGUGACAUGAAUGAAUGCUGCUGUUGUAGCGAAAGCGUUGCCAUGAGGACUCUCUACCGGACAAGAUACGGAAUCCCAGGAUCCAUCUGCUCUGAUUUCUGCACUAUCCUGUGGUGUCCUGUGUGUUCUCUUUGUCAAAUAAAGAGAGAUAUUAACAGAAGGAAGCAAAUGGGGAUAUUCUAAUAAGGUGUUCCUGUACUUCCAGAUUGUGCGUCGUAGAGCCUCUGUAUACAAGACUCUUCCCAUCGCCUGCUGUACUUACAGUUCAAGAAAGUGCUGUAUGCAUUUUAAUUU